AUGCAUGCCUUUCCUCUCUCUAUGUCUCCCCCUCCUCCCCCCCGGAUCCUAUUCCCGUUAAUCUACUUCACGUGUGUGUGCAAGGCCAAAUCGACUCAACAAUCCUCUCUCCCUUGGCCCCCUUCCCUGUCCGCCCUCCCUCCGUUAACCAGGAUCUACUUCGCAUGUGUGUGCAAGGCCGUCACAAGAUGCACGGCACGCAAAGUGGAGGACCGCAUCGCCGGCCCGCCCCGCGGCAAGCACUCUGCACCGUCCGCCGUCGUGACUUUUGAGUCGACUCAAAAGUCAAAAGUGGAGGACCGCAUUGCCGGCCCGCCUCGCGGCAAGCACUCCGCGCCGACCGCCGCUGCUACUGCUUCUGCUGCUGCUGCCAGCACGGCGGACGCGACCUAUGCUGCUGAUACUGCCGAUGCUGCUGAUACUGCCGAUGCUGCCGAUGCGGCUGAUGCUGCUGCUGAUGAUGCGGCUGCGCCGACUCUUGAGGAUGAACGCCCCACCCGCCCCGAGCGCAUGGAGAUGCGCAAGGUGAUACGCAUGACGACUUCAGGCUUCCACAACCACCCUUCCUCGUUGUGUCUCAAGCGCCGCCGCCGCGCCGACGUCAGAGCAAGCGCCAUGGCUGCUCCUUUUCAAGACGCGGCAGCAGCCUACGCAGCACCGCUUGCUGCCCUCCUGAAACCUCACCAUGUCCCAUCUCAUCAUGCCGCAACUUCGCAAGGCACUGAAAGUCCCAAAAACGCAUCACGGGGUGAACUGUUCUCGACAAUCCCUCAAUUCAUUCCUGAGGUGCAGACCCGCGGCGACAAUCCCAAGGAGAUCCUGUGCGCGUCAAACCCACUCACUGACCUUAUCCCGUCCUAUCGCUCGCUUGGUGAUACCAAGGAGACUUGCACUGCCCUUGCGCCUGCUGUCCUCUCGCACAGAAUCGUCGGCACAGCACAGCGGAGGAACUUUGGGAGCAUGCAUGAGCAGAUUAUGGCACUUAGAAAAGAGACAGAGGAGAUAAGCCAGGCUGAUGAUAAACCGGGCUUCCCAAUUGAUGGAUUCUGCUUCUCUGCUGCUGAACGGAUGAGCUAUCGGCCAAAAGAGCUGGAAUUUCAGCCUCAGGAGUUGUUAAAUCAGCCUCAGGAGUUAAGAUAUCAGCCUGGGCAGUUUGAGGAGUUGAGGUAUCGGCCUGGGGAGUUGAGCUACCAGGCUUCAAAGCGGCAGAGGGCAACGCAGGUGAAAGCUGAGCCAGAUGUCUCUUUGGAGAGUCCCGGCGCCAGCUGCAGCCAGGAUGAGCCGCCCUGGCGUGCCGACAGCUGUGUGUCUGCCCCACACUUCUCAGCCGUGGCUGCUCAACGGUCCUCAGCUGCCACCUGUGCUAUAGGGAACUUGCAAAGAACAUCGUCGUAUAGCCACGACGGGCUGCCCUGGCCUGCUGGAAGCUCCAUGUCUGCUCCACACUUGCCUACUGGGCCGCUUUGGUCUGCUGCUGGCAGCGGCGAUGCAUCGUUCUUCCCUCGGCUGUUUGCGACGACCUGCGCCACUCAAGGGAUGCUGCACUGGAGCAGCCUCGGACUGCCACAGCGCUUCCCAAACCAAUGUUCGAACCCAGCAGGUCCGGCAGGCCCGCCAGGCCUGGCAGAACCUGCAGAAAACACCGAACCAGCAGGCCUGGAACCUUCAGCGUUCCUAGCACGCCCAGAAGCGCAAACAGCCGCAGCAACCUCGGCAGUGGCUCUUCCGCAAGACUGGCAGUUUCCAGCAAGUGCCAAGGUUGGCAAGAGCAGCAGCCCUGAUGUCGCACUAUUGCUGGAGGAGCUGUUGACUCCGGCUGAGUGGGAGGUCGUGCUCUCACGGAUGGUCCAGAAGCAAGGACCGGCGUCGCCCCCGCCAGAACCCCUGCCAUUCCCUGCUGCUCCUGCUGCUGCUGCUGCUGCUGCUGCUGCUGCUGCUGCUGCUGCUGCUGCUGCUGCUGCUGCUGCUGCUGCUGCUGCUGCUGCUGCUGCUGCUGCUGCUACUGCUGCUGCUGCUGCUGCUGCUGCUCAGACCGGUGCUUCUUCUGCUGCUCCAUCAAUGAUUGCUCCUGAUUCGAUACUCGCUCAAUCUGCACCUGCCGUACCUAACACUAAGGGAGCUACCCCCUUGGAUCCUUCAGCCAAGAUCAAGACCGAGCUUGAAUCAGAGUUCCAGGCGUCAAGCCUCGUUAUGUCACCACCAAUGGCAGUAGCAGCAGCACCUGCAGCAGCAGCAGCACCUGCAGCAGCAGCAGCGGCGGCGGCGGCAGGAGCAGCAGCAGCAGCAGCAGCAGCAGCAGAAGAUGAGCCUAAGUAUCUCCCUGCACCUAUUCAUACCGAGAUGCAUGUACCAACCUUGGUUGUCGCAGCAACAGGAGCCGUGGAAACAGCAGCACAGCGCCCGCUACAGCCAAACCCGCUACAGCCGCACCUGCAGGCCAGAAGCCCAGUCAUAUUUCCUCGGUCAUUCUUGCAGCAAGGAGAGGGUACAUCUGGUGGUCAAACAAGCAUGGGAGGGGUUCACGUUGGCUUGUACGAUGGUCAAAUGGCCAUGUGUGUUGAUCAAACAGGCAUGUGUGGUGGUCAGUUGAUGGGUAUGGGCAGCGUUCAAGUGGGUAUGGAGUCUUCUUCGGGACAGCAGGAUGGGGAACAGGAGCUGUUUCCUUCAGCCGUGGCUGGCAGUCAAGGGGACGGGAAGGGGCUCUCUCAAAACGAGCUCCCUCAAACGGCGCUCUCAGAACGAGCCCUCUCAGGAGGAGCUCUCUCAAAACGAGGCUUUUCAAGAUGA